AUGUCACUCCGGGGAGGCGGACAGCUUACUCAACGAAAGACACAGAAAACAAGAGAACAAGAACUAGAGCGCAAAGCGAAUAGAUCCGAUGAAGAACACGAGGAGGAAGAAGACAAAUUCGACUCCAAGGAGCAGAGACUCACUUUGAUGGAAGAGGUUUUGCUUUUGGGCCUAAAAGAUAGAGAAGGGUACACAUCGUUUUGGAAUGAUUGCAUUUCAGCUGGUCUCCGAGGAUGCAUGCUCACUGAACUCGCCCUCAGGGGCAGGAUAACCUUAGAAAAACAAGUUAUGCGUCGACGAUCUCUCCUGAUGAGAAAAGUUGAGCUGAAAUCAGACGCUCCAACUGGCGAUGUCCUGUUGGACGAGGCUCUGAAUCACAUCAAGAAAACGACGCAGCCCGAGAAUGUUCAGAACUGGAUCGAACUUCUCUCCGGCGAAACGUGGAAUCCCCUGAAACUCACCUAUCAGCUCCGAAAUGUUCGAGAACGACUCGCUAAAAACUUGGUAGAAAAAGGUGUCCUAACAACAGAAAAACAAAACUUCCUUCUUUUCGACAUGACAACGCAUCCCUUGACAAACUCGUCCUCCAAAUCAAAGCUCAUUAAAAAAGUUCAAGAUUCUGUUCUUUCGAAAUGGGCUAACGAUGUCGGACGCAUGGAAAAGCGAGUCCUUGCUCUUAUCUACCUGGCACAUGCUUCUGAUGUCCUCGAAAAUGCUUUCGCUCCUCUAAGUGAUGAAGAUUACGAUGUUGCUAUGAAGAGAGUGCGAUUCUUAUUAGAUUUGGAUCCAGAAGAAGAAGCAAUGAAACCAGGCGCCAACGAAGUCCUCUGGGCGGUAGUAGCCGCUUACACGAAGUAA